UAUAAUAAAAAAUAUAAUUAAAAUUCAUUAUUAAUGUUAUGAUUGACCAUUCACUAGAACAUUUAAAAAUAGAAGGUUAUCAAAAAUAAUUUUCAUAUCUGUCAAAAAAAAAAAAAAAAAAAAAAAAAAAAAAAUAAAAUUCAUAGCUUGUUCAUAUGAAGCUAAUUAGGAAAGUUGUCCCUAACAAUUUCUCUUUCUCAGUCUCUAACGUCCAACCCCUUGUUCUCCCGCUCGACCCCCAUUAACUAUCCCCAAAACAUACAGCAAGAUCUUGCUAUGAAGCAAUUGCAAAAUUCACAAAAUUAAUCAACCAAGAAGAAGAAAGAAUAAUGGUGGGAUUAAUGGCGGCUGGUUCUGAAGAAAGAAUUCAGAGUCUCAUUGAUGCAAUUACCUUUGCUGCUGAUACCCCUUCAAAGCUCGAAAACUUGCAUCAACUUAAGCAGGAAUUGUUGGGCUUAGAAGAUGAUACUACUGUUUCUUUCUCUGAUUUCCUCCCUUCUUUGUUGAGGCUUCUUUCGGAUUGUUUUAGCCCUGUUCGUAAAUGUGUUACCGAGGUAAUUGGUGAAAUUGGGUUGAGGCAUUUGGAGGUUUUACCUGAAAUUACAACUGCACUGUUGACUGUUGUUGAUGAUGAUACUCCAGCAGUGGCCCGGCAAGCUAUUACAUCUGGCACUAAUAUAUUUUGCUGUACCAUGGAGAAAAUAGCAUUACAGGGGCUAAAUGCAAGCAAGUUGGAUGAUUCUCUUGAGUCAGCGUGGGAGUGGAUGCUGAAGUUGAAGGAAAAGAUAUGUUCAAUAGCUUUUGAGUCUGGAAGUGAUGGAAAACGAUUGUUGGCUCUGAAAUUUGUUGCAGCCAUCAUUCUUAUUUAUACUCCAGACCCCAAUGGUGGUACUGAGCUUCCAUCUCAUCUUAUUAGUGAUGGUAAUGCUGUAGGUAAGGAAGCAGGGUUCAGUAUCUCAUGUGUUCGUAGAGGGCAUCCUCUUCUGAAGCUUGGGGAUCUGUCAAUUGAAGCCAGUCAAAGUUUGAGAUUAUUGCUUGAUCAGCUUCGCCUCCCCAUCGUGAAAUCGCUCAGCACCUCCAUGGUGGUUGUGCUCAUUAAUUGUUUGUCAGCCAUUGCUGUGAAGAGGCCAUCCUUCUAUGGACGAAUUCUUCCAGUCCUUCUGGGUCUGGAUCCUUCAAAUUCUGUUAUCAAGGGGUUGCAUGCUUAUGGAGUACAAAAUGCUUUAAAGAAUGCAUAUCUCUCUUGCUUGAAGUGUGCACACCCUAGUGCUACACCGUGGCGGGAUCGAUUAGUUGGUGCUUUGAAGGAAAUGAAUGCUGGGCAUAUGGCAGAAAAAGCCCUUGAAAGCAUGUGCAGUAACAAUGGAAAUGUGAAGGAGGAAAAGGCUGAGCUAGUUGCUGUUAAGGAGGAGCAGUCACUUGAAGUCCAUGAUCCAGUGCAUAAUAAGGUGGGUAGAAAAAGAUCCAGUGACCUGGAAGUUGGUGACAGGAAUGAAGAUGAUGAUACACCUGGAAAACGUGCCCGAUCUAUGCACAGUGUAUCAGAGGAGCUGAGUGAUAAGUCAGGUGAUCUUCGUUCUUCUGUCGAAAUUAAGUCUGAUUCACCUGGGGUGGCAAGUGCAUCGAAAGAAGAUGAUUUGGGGCCUGUACAGCAACUUGUUGGGCUUUUUGGUGCCCUGGUUGCUCAAGGUGAAAAGGCUGCUGCAUCUUUGGAGAUACUUAUAUCAGGUAUCUCUGCUGACUUACUUGCAGAAGUGGUUAUAUGGAACUUGAGAAACCUUCCUUCUACUUGCCCAAAGGCUGAGGGAGAUGAAGAACUGCAAGCAAAUUUUGGUUUGCGUUACAAUAAAGUUGAUACUGAUACCCCCUUUGACCAACUUUCAUCAUUUUUGACAAAUGCUGUUCACUGUAGCAGUUCCGAGCUCAUAUCUGCAGCAGCUGAUGUCAAACCACCAGUGUCACUUGACAUUGAGCAUCCGCUUCUAGAAGAAACUCAUGCUAUGGAUGUUGCUGAUAACAUUGUGGGAUGUGCUACGUCAAAAAGUUCAACUGAGCUUGUUGAUUCAGAUAUGCCAUGUGCUUUUGCUUCUGGUAAUCUUUUUGAAGUACCCAAAGGGUCAGCUGUUACCUGUGAGUUUCAAGAUAUGGGACCUUCAGAUAAUGCCAUUCCGGGCUUGGAUAAUGCUCAUAGCGAUGGAUUCCUGGACACUGUUGCUUCUUCAUCGUUGGCCUCCACAGAUCGGGAUGAUGGCAGCCAAGAUCAAGUUACAAGUGUUGGGAAAAGUUUUAAAAUAGAAUCACUUCCAUCAGUGUCAACUGAGAAGUCUGAGGAACUUAGCUCUAAAGCUGCUGCAGCAGAUGCAAACAUAGGGAUGGCCUCUACAGCUAGUUCCCUUGGGCCAGUUCACCAGUUUGUCUUGCCUAAGCUCUCAGCACCUGUGAUAGACCUUUCUAGCGAGGACAAGGAUAAGCUUCAAAAACUGGUAUUUUUGCGCAUUGUGGAAGCAUACAAGCAGGUUGCUGUCUCUGGAGGUUCACAGCUUCGAUUCUCUUUACUUUCUUAUUUGGGAGUUGAGCUCUCAUUGGACCUUGACCUUUGGACAUGUCUACAGACACACAUAUUGUCAGAUUACAUAAACCAUGAGGGACAUGAGUUGACAUUACGUGUCCUCUAUCGAUUGUAUGGGGAGGCAGAAGAAGAGCGUGACUUUUUUUCUUCCACAACUGCUUCUUCUGUAUAUGAAACUUUUCUUCUAAAAGUGGCAGAAACACUGAGAGAUUCUUUCCCACCAUCUGACAAAUCUUUGAGUUGUUUGUUCAGUGAAGUUCCAUAUUUGCCCAAAUCGAGCCUUAAAUUAUUGGAAUGCUUGUGUUCACCUGAGAUUGGAGAUAAAGAUGAAAAAGAAUUGCACAAUGGAGAUCGGGUUACUCAAGGUCUCAGUGCUGUGUGGAGUUUGAUAAUGCUGAGGCCAACUCUCCGUGAUGUGCUGUUGAAAAUUGCUUUGCAGAGUGCAGUGCAUCAUAUGGAGGAAGUUCGUAUGAAGGCAAUACGUUUGGUUGCAAAUAAAUUGUAUCCAUUACCGUCAAUUUCCCUGCAAAUAGAAGAAUUUGCUAAGGAGAAGCUGCUUACUGUAGAAAAUACUCAUAGUGCAGAUGCUGAAAAAUCAAGUAUUCAAUCACAAAAGAGUCUUGAAAUAACUUUGGCUGCGAAAGACCAAUCUACAGGGGAAACAAUGGCCAUAGAAUCAUCUGCCCAUAAUUCCCCGCCUUGCACACCUGGAAUUGUUGCCAGUACUUCCGUAUCUGAAGCACAACAAUGCAUGUCACUGUAUUUUGCCCUAUGUACAAAGAAACAUACUCUUCUUCGUCAAAUAUUUAUCAUAUAUAAAAGCUCACCAGAGUCAGCGAAACAGGCAAUUCAUAGCCAGAUGCCUAUUCUUAUUCGGACUAUGGGUGCAUCACCACCUCUUCUUGAGAUUAUCUCUGAUCCACCUGAUGGAAGUGAGAAUCUUCUGAUGCAGGUUUUGCAUACUCUUACAGAUGGCAGGGUUCCAUCUGCAGAAUUGAUAUUUACUAUUAAAAAACUUUAUGAGACAAAGUUAAAGGAUAUAGAGAUUCUGUUUCCAAUAUUGCCCUUUCUACCAAAAGAGGAGGUGUUGAGGGUCUUCCCUCAUGCUGUUAAUCUCCCCCAAGACAAGUUCCAGGCUGCUCUGGCACGCUUGCUGCAGGGUUCGACUCCUAAUCCUGUGCUAACUCCAUCAGAAGUGUUAAUUGCCAUCCACAGCAUAGAUCCUGAUAAAGAUGGAAUUCCUUUGAAGAAGGUGACUGAUGCAUGUAAUGCUUGCUUUGAGCAAAGACAAAUGUUCACACAGCAAGUAAUUGCCAAGGUUCUGAAUCAGCUGGUUGAACAGAUUCCUCUUCCAUUGUUGUUCAUGAGAACAGUACUACAAGCAAUCGGUGCUUUUCCAGCUUUGGUGGACUUCAUAAUGGAUAUCCUUUCUCGACUUGUAAGCAAGCAGAUAUGGAAAUACCCAAAGUUAUGGGUUGGAUUUCUCAAAUGUGCACAAUUGACACAGCCUCAUUCUUUUACCGUGUUGCUUCAGUUGCCACAAGCUCAGCUUGAAGCUGCUCUAAAUAAAAUUCCUGCACUCAAAGCACCUCUGGCUGCUCAUGCAAACCAGCAGAACAUUAAAUCUUCUCUCCCAAGGUCUGUACUUACUGUACUUGGCAUCGCCUCUGAUUCUCAAGCUGGAAGUCAGUCGCAGUCAGCCCAACCUGAGGCUGAGGAUGCAGGCAGCUCUGACAAGGAUGUCGUCCCAGAGAAAAGUAAAGAAUCAUCCAGUGGAAGCUAGAGUAACUGGUUGAAGUUCAUGUAAUUAAGUUAGAUUACAAUUAAAGCUACUGUCUUAUGCAAGUAUCAAGUUUAAGCUUGUCUACCUACUGUCUUAUGUCAACGUUGAAGUGCAUAUGAUUCGCAUGAAGCUGCUUAGAAAAUUGAUGAACAUGAGAACCAAAACAUUUGGAAGUGUAUCAAAUGGAGCGGCUUUGCAAGGACUGCGCAUAUAUUGCACCUGAAUGUUGUCUGGUCAGCAGAGGAUUAUAUGCGCUCCAUUGUGAAAAGGUUUAUAACAAAACAGAUAUAUAAUAAUAUAUAAUAGAGACCCACAAAUGUUAAGUUGUAGAUCAAAUUUGGUUUUGGGUAGCACUAGAGAAUUUUAUUAAGCUAAAUGACAUCCAUUAAUAGGAGUUGAAUUAAUAUCAUGUAUUUGUAUCCAACAUACCAGCUGAUAUAUAAAAAGGAAACCGAUUCAAUGUCUUAACACAUA